GAAGAACACCGAUGCGCCGACUAUAUCGCUUCAUAUUGUGUCUUUUUGGCCUGGUGGGGAUAUUACACUUGUUCCGCGCCCUAAGCAGAUUCCGUGUAUUGCGGCUGGACCCGAUUCCGUUUGCUCCACAGUAUGACGCAAUCUACCUCGCAGGACGGAAAACAAACCAUCUGGAACCUAUCGAACUGUUCACAGUGAUCAACGGCGCCUGUGCAGCCAACCGUGCGGUGGUCUCUCUAAAAAGCAUGCUUUAUUUCCAAGGUCGAUACAAAACGGCUUCAAAACGCUGUCCAUCAACUGUGAACCGACCGCCCGGUAUUGUUUGUCGAAACCAGUCUGUUGAGCCGUACAGACCUGUUCGACUUCAUUGGGUGGCGGAUGUUGCAGCGAGGGAUCGCAUUAUCUACAUAUUCGAUGAAUGGCAUCCUUCGGAUGUGCAUAUAUAUUUGUAUAACUAUGAACGAUUUGUGGUUAGAAUGAGAAUCCGCGCGGACUUCGUGGAUCCAGAAAGCCGAACAGGUGGAGGAUGCCGGAAGCUCUGGGAGUGCGUGCGUCAGCUGUUCCAGUUGAUACGCACAACAGGCCCUGCGAGUUAUGUCGGUGCAAUCCCAAUAAAACACUACGCCGGGGUACCUGCCAUGUACAAAAUACUCGUCCCCUAUAUUCUUCCAGAAGAGGUGACCAAAGUCAUUGUUCUGGACUCUGACGUGCUAUUCAACCACAACGUUCUCGAUUUGUGGAAGGAGUUCGGACUUUUCAAGCCACAACAGGUGAGGGUUUCUGGUCUUCCUAUCCUACUGGGUUCGAAAUCGCACUGGACCCAACUCACCCACUUGAACAACAGUCAGUCACGACCGGCCAAAUUAUUAUCAGUCAAACAAGUAUUCGGUGCGGCUUGUGAACAGAUAACGUAUUGUCCACAUUCAUGCUCAGGUGACGAUACAAAUAUUCCGAAAGUAUUGAAUGAAAUAAUGCGACGGAAUAUCACGCUGUACUAUCCACUGAGGUGCGAAUGGAACGUCCAGCUCUUCAAAGCCGAUGGAAUGCAGUGUUGUCCUAUACAAUGGGUCGAUCGGUUGCCUCAUGAAACGCAUUGCAUAAACCCCUUGAGAAACGCCAAUUCAAGAGAACCAGCGCGUUUAGUUCACUACAACAUCCAAAGGAAGCCUGAAGGUUGUGGACAGUACGCACCCUCUUCCAUGGAUUUUCAAGCCGGAUUAGCAGAAAUGUCACUUGAACAAAUUCGACAUCGAUAUUUUCAAGUUCAUCACAAGUUUCGGACUAUGCCGACCGAAUGCUUUGAGAUUCCUUGA